GAAGAAGGAGGAGGGAAAAUCAGAAAAAUGGAGGAGAUAAAGAUAUGGGGGCUAAAGGGCACAAACUUCUCUUCCACAUUUACCCUUCAGUUAAAGCCAAUCCACAUACUUGCGCUCUUUCGAGACACUUCUUCUUCUACUCAAUCCCAUCUAGGGUUUUUCUCUCCUUCAUCUUUGUGCGCAAGUUCGUUCCCUCUCUCUCCCUCUCUCCCGACUCCUGGUUCGUUCCCUCGUAAAUUGGUGUUACUGUCGGUUCUUGAAAAAUUCGAUAUCGGUAAUUGAGGAGUAGGUGUUAUUAGGUAUUCUGCUGCAGCUAUUCUCGCGACGGUAGUCCCUGAAAUCUGAUGAUAAUGGAGACCUCCGAAGGUUCUGCUUCUACUAUAGCUGGCUUUAUGAAUAGGAGAAGGAGAAGCUCUGUUAUUCGCCGACCUCGCGACAUAAAAGAGAGCUUGCAUAGUUUCACUUUUAUGCCUCCCUCAACACAGGCAAACAUUGCUCCUAUGAUUGAAGGUAACCCAGAUUUUAGCAACGCCGAUAGUCGUUGUGGGUCUGCAAGUGAGAACACACUGAAACUGAAGCUUAAGCUUGGUGGUGUUACUCGUACAAUCCAAACCAACUCAGAGGCCGGUUUUUAUACAAAAGCUAUGGAUAACGGACAAAAGCCCGUACAAAAUAAUGUCAAAGGAAAUGUACCAGAGCAGAGAUGUGUUCAGAAAACUAUGUAUCUAGGAGAGAUACAUCGUUCUAGAGUAAAUCCCUCUGAGACUGUGAAUGGAGCAUCCUUGAGCGAAAAGAGAAAACAAGGUCUUAAAAAACGUUUAUUGGAUCCAGAGCCAGACAGUGAUGAUGAUGGAGAUGAGGAAAUAAGAUAUCUUGAAAAGUUAAAGUCUAAAAGAGUCAGCAGGGAUUAUCAUCAAGUUAAAGAGGGUGACGGAGGUAGAAGCAUACACAGCAAUGCUGGCCACAACAUGGAAGACCAAGAAAAUUUCUCAUCCGACCAACAUGCUUUAACUGAAAGGAAAAAGCUGAGGAUUGAUUCGCUGCCACAAGUAUCAACAAAUGGACAAAUACCUACGACACGUACUCGGGCUCUCCAGUCUGGAAAAGAUCCAUAUUCUCCCAUCGGGUCAGGUCCACUCGAAUAUCCUGAUGGCUUACCGUGCCCCUCCUCCAAAAGACAAAAACAGAAGCUUUCCGAGGUAGAGCAACAAUCCAAGAAGGCCGAAGCUGCACAAAGACGGCGAAUGCAGUCCGAAAAGGCUGCCCAAGAAGCCGAGGCUGAAGCUAUAAGGAAAAUACUCGGGCAAGAUUCAGGGAGGAAGAAAAAAGAGGAGAAGAUUAAAAAGCAGCAGGAAGAGCGAGCUCAGGAGAGAGCUGCAAGAUCAACCACACUCGCAUCAAACACUGUCAGAUUAGUUAUGGGUCCGAGUGGAACGACUUUGACAUUUUCUGAAGACAUUGGUCUUCCCGAUAUCUUCAAGCCGAUCACUUACAGUUAUCCUCCUCCACGAGAGAAAUGUGUGGGGCCAAAUUGCGAGAAAACUUUCAAGUACAGAGAUUCAAAGUCGAAGCUACCACUAUGCAGCCUCAAUUGUUACAAGGCUAUUCAAGAGAAGAUGCAACAAUCUUCGAUUCAAUGCUAAUUGCUUAACAAGUUUUGGUGCAAUAUAUAUUAUUUAACACAUAAUUGUAUUUUAGCAUGAAGCAAAAUUUGGCAUCUUUUGGUCAACUAACUAUCGUUCAAAAGGAAACUUGGAUUCCGGUUGCUAGGCGCAUAAAAUUGAA